GUCUUACUGUGAGAACCGUGAGACCGCUAUCCCUAUAUGUAUAUAUAUAUAUAUUAAGCCAAAGGGGUGGAUAAAACUGAUACCUACAAAAUUUUGUGAUUGAAUUCAAUUAAAGCUUUAAUCUUUCUCAAAAAAUCCCAUGGAGUUGGCGAAAAUCGAUCCGGACCACACGCUUUCUCAAGCACAUCCUGAGACGAUGGAUUUGCUUUCUCACGCUUGGUGCGACUUUGCAGUUCAAGCUCUCAAACCUGACGACAUGAAAGAAAGAUCGCUCGUUUUUCAAGAGGACUCAAUCAAGGUGUUUCGAGAGGACUCAAUCAAGGUGGAUAAAAGCGCGAGGAUGGAUGAUGGAGAUAAGUUUAUGCCUACUUGGAAAGCCAAUGAUGUUAAGAGCCCGUGGAGUAAAUAUAAACUCGUGCUGCUUAAAAACGUGUCCAUCAAGAAAUGGGUGACGGAAAUCAAGCAGAGGCUGAAGGAGGAGCAGAGGCUGCAGAGGGCGGAGGUCCACGCGGCAGUUUCCGUCGCCGGCGUGGCGGCUGCCCUGGCGGCGAUCUCAGCCGAGAACUGCCAGAUUGGCGGCGGAGGCUCCGACAGGCUGGCGGAGGCGGCGGCCUCGGCAGCCACCAUGGUGGCGGCGCAGUGCGCCAAGGUGGCGGAGGCGAUGGGGGCAACGAGGGAGCAGCUGAGAAGCGUCAUUGGGUCGGCUGUCGGAGGCACGAGCGCCGGUGAAAUCGUGACGCUAACGGCGGCAGCCGCCACAUCAAUAAGAGGAGUGGAUACGCUGAAAGGGAGAGUGGGGCAGAGAAGCAGGUUAAACGGGAGCAUGUCUGUGUUACCACUUGCGGACAGUAACGGAGCAGAGUUCGAGUUUGAGAAAUGUAGGUCGGUUCUAGCCAGAGGUGCCGAGCUUUAUAUCGAGACAGCAGAUGGGAGGUAUCUGCCAAGGUCAGUAGCGGUUAUCCUGAGCAAAGAAGGAAAGGUUGUUCUCAGAAUGAAGAAACUCAACAUGCUGAAGGCUUUCACGAGACAAAAUGAAAGCAUAGUCCGCUCCUUGCACAGCGAACUGUAUCAAGCUUCGGAUUCUGAGGAAAUUGAAAACGGCUACCUCAUUGUUUUAACAACGGACAAAGGGGUGACCAAGCUAGACAUGAUGAACAACUAUCAACGUUACAGGACAUGGUCAACGACUAUAGAUCACAUGCUGAUGCUUUCUGCUGUGUUCACAAAAUACGAUCAACAGUAUUACAAACAUUGAGUCAUUCUUCUUUUUCAUCUGGCGACAAUAUUUUUGUUUCUGCACAAUGUUCAUUUGUCAUUCUGUCUAACAAAUAAAUACUGUUCAUCUUGUAUUUCUUUUUUUUUUCCCCCAAUGCAUCACUGGUGAUUUGCAUAUAAAGUGAGUUGUAUCAUAAGAUGUGGACAUUAAUAAUGUUAUUAUAUUUUAUGUUUGUAAAGUUCACAUACUUGUUGUAUACUUAUCGCCAAUGAGAAUUUCAUAAAACAAGGGGUGCAAGUUCCAUUUUGCCCCGGGAUUGUAGUUUAAUGUGAGUGCAAAGGCAAAUCACCUCCCAUUUUUCUUGAAAUUUCCAAUAUCAGGUAUACUCGGGGGGCAUGACGAAAUUAAACAAAUACAGGAUUGUAAUUUUCAUCAAUUAAUGUACAGAAAAAUGGAAAAAUGUGUCUAAAGUUAUCACAAUUCGUAUGUUGUAGGAAGACCUAUCCAUAAAAGAUGCCUUCUGGGCCGGUCCAAAAACCUUGCUUGCCAAGCAGGUUCAUCACUUUCUAAAGUGAAACCACUUUUUAUGUACAGGUUUUUAGCCGCUUCAUUAUCCACAGCUACGUGAACGUACAAGUCGCUUAUUCCUGAAAUAUUCAUUGAGAACAAGUCUCAUGCUACUAAAGGUACCAAAAUAUAAUACCUCUCACUAAUGCAACUACAGUACGAGCAAAUUGAAGAAUGUGAUUAAUUCCAUAACUUAGGUUCUCUAGGUUUCCUCAUUUGGGAAAAUGCGGAACUAUCUCAAUUUAAACACACAGACACAAGACACAUAUUGAUUAAUUCAAGUAAAAUGGAGCUACUAUAUGAUGAUUUGACAAAUGGUGGCUCCCACAAGUGUAGACACGUGUGUUUGUGUACUUACCCCAUUUUUCAGAAACUCUCAUUGACUCGGCAAUGAGCUCAUAACCCAAACCAUUACGAUGCAUUUCUGUAGCCACACAAACGUUGCUAACGUAUGCUCUAGCAAAAUCAGCUCCGAUUCCCUGUCGAGGCCUCAUUCCUAUAAUUUCAUUCGGGAGGCUGAUGCAUUGGUUUAUAUCUAGUGUCCCAACAACUACUCGAUCUUCUCCAUUUUGUGAAAACUGCAAAGAAAGAUGGCAAAACAGCAGCAUGCCUCAUUGGAUAAUAUACUGCAAGGGACAAUAAUAUCCAUGAUAUAUCUACCCUGCUAACAUUUUAAAAUUGGCUAAGUAGUUCACGGCUCACCAAUGGUAUGUUUGUCAUAUUUUGACUCAUAUUCGAAACAAAAUGGCUUACGCAGACUGUAACCUCUGAAAAUUUGCCACGAUGCAUUCUUUGGAAAGAUGAAUGACAGUAUAUUAACAGAAACAUUUUCAAUAAACUGCUUGUAGAUUUGAAUAUGAUCUGCAGGAAACAAUGUCAUGACUCUUGAUCGGACUACAAGAAACUAAAAGAGGCAGUGCUUACUUUGCAAGAAGCACACAAAUCAUCCGAGACAUUCGCCACUGCCGAGAUUGGCAAAGUAGCAUUGAUGCAAGAAACUCUUCUGAAGCCCUUUAUCUUCCCAGCUAUACGUUCUAUCAUUGCUUCAAAUUCACGUUCAGCCAAGUAUCUUUCAUGAUCCUAAUAAAACUUGAUGCCGUAAGUCUGCUUAUUGAAGUCGUAGAAGGUCCGGACACGGAGGCGCGCGGCGGCCCACAGCUCCGCCUCGAAGCUCGUCUCCGACACUGACAGCAACGACCUGUCAAUUCCACCUGUCCUCGGCAGGAUUCGCAAUUGAGGGGCCGUCGGGUGGUCCGACAAUUGGCAAUAGGGACCGGGCGGGCGGAGGCCAGGCCGACGGCGGAGGAGGAAAGGGAAUCCGGCGACGGCGUGAGCGAGCUCGGAGUGAAAGCGGCGGCCAGCUUGCGGACGAGGAAAUGGUGGUGGUGAUGGCGAUUGGAUUUGGAUAGCCAUCUCUGCUUUUCCCCUCCACCACUCAAAACGUUUGGUAACAUCAGUUGACCCGAAAUAGAGUCAAGGUUACGUCGAUGGCGG